AUGGACUCCCCCAUCACUGAUGACUCCCUCGUCGUUGAUUUCACUUUGUCGUUUGAGGACUAUGUCAAACAGCUUCUACCGGCUUCAGUCGACGACACAGAUGCUGAUUCUAGUAUGAAGUGCGAGAUAACCGAGUAUGACUCCAUCCCCGAUUCAGAAGGCGUCCAAAUUGUCGUGCCAGGUGGCACUCACGACGGCUUGGGAUUGUUGAAGCACGCCAAGGAUGAUUCGGCCAUCGCCCGGACCACGUUUUGGGACUUGACAGGUAUAAAGGGAUUGGUGCAGACUGAAAUUCGGUCCCCGUAUAUGAAAGCGGCUUUAAAAGCGGUGGUCCCCGAGUACAUGCAUCGAAAUUUUGACUUCAACCAUAUCAUCUACUUUGGCAAGCCUAGACAUCUAUUCCAUUACCGCAAUCAGCUCUUCACAUAUGGAGGGUCUCUGGGACAUCAAUCAACAGCCCAAAGACAUGUCUCCUUACUCAUGGAAUAUCUUCAACAAGAGCUCGCAGACGCCAUCACUGCAUACACUUUCAACGUUCAGUUUGAGUCCCAGCCGUCCAUCGACUUCGCCCAUCUGUGGACUAUUUUCAAGCCAAACGAUUUGGUGUUUGUUCCGGCGGCGUCUUCGAGAAAUGGAGCGGAUAUUGUUGUUCGAUACGAAUCGAUCGCUAGCAGCUGCUCUUGUGAUCGCGUGGAACACCGGAUCUCGCACAUCUGGACGUUGACUGGGGCCUAUUUUGACACAAAUGGGGUAAACUUGGGCAACAAAACUCUGGUCCACGAUGUCACGUAUUUUGCUGGCUUUCGUCGACUAAACCACCUCGCCGUGAUACCUCUCCGCUUUCAUCCGCAAGAAUCCUCUAUCAGAACCCGCCUUAUUGCUAGAGGUCGGAAAUUUGUUGCCCUUCAGGGAUGCCACUACCGGCGUAUUGUUAGUGGGGUAUCGCCCCGCGGUUCGGCAUCAGAGAAUCCGUACGAACCGCCGUCAAGACCGCGGGUUAUGGUGGACCCGGAAAUGUAUCACGAAAAAAAGAGCUUUGAGCCGGUAGGCAACCCUAUUCCAGUAACAGCAGCUCUUGAGGAAGAGCAUUAUCUCAUUUGCAGCGGCCAUAUUGGAGGAUACUCGCUCGCCGAGAGAGAGUGGAGGCUUCUCGAGGUUGAACGACUCGAACCAGUCGACUUCGACAAGAACAGUUUUAAAAAUUCCUUAAUAUUGGAGACCAAGUACAAAAACGCGUUGCUCUCUUUAAUCCAGAUGCAGUCCGCCAAGUGCAAGGAUAGAUUUCGGGAUGUUAUCAGAGGCAAGGGAGACGGAGUCGUGUUUCUGCUGCACGGGGAGCCCGGGGUCGGAAAGACUAUGACGGCAGGUUUGUCACAAUCCAACAGUCAAAAACUCAUGACUCUUUCCGCGUACCGUCUCGGCUCGCUUUCUGACAUUCUCUUUAAGAGAGCAUUGCAGAGUGCUGCGAGAGACCACUCCUCAGGAUUGACGCGAGGCGUCUAG